UGGGAUGAUUUUUCAACUCUCGCAUUUUAAACACAUUCAAUACAUUCCCCAUUCACCAUGAAGGUUGUCGGACUCACAGGCGGAAUUGCCUCAGGGAAAUCCACAGUGGUUUCCACAGUUUUGACGUUGGGCAUACCAGUGAUCGAUUGUGACAAGCUUGCCCGGCUGGUGGUUGAGCCAUCUCAUCCAGCUUACAAGAAGCUGGUUGAUCACUUUGGGACGGAAAUAUUACAGAAUCAACAAUGGGGCCAACCUCUGGAUCGGUAUAAAUUUGGAACUAUUAUCUUCCCAGACGCUGCUCAGAGGCGAGUUGCCAACUCGAUUAUCCAUCCUGCGGUCCGAGAUGAGAUUCUGAAGCGAUUGUUCAAGUACUGGAUCAAGGGGACUGCCUUAGUCAUCAUUGAUGUCCCAUUAUUGCUGGAGGGUGAACUCUGGAGGAUUGUCAGUGAUGUCAUCGUGGUUUACUGUCCUCCUGAUGUGCAACUUGCUCGGAUUAAAGACCGAGAUGGACUUUCUGAGUCAGAUGCAUUGGCGCGCAUUAAUGCGCAGAGGCCACUAAUUGAAAAAGUAGAUUAUGCGGAUCAUGUAAUUUACAACACGUCUGAUUUAGAGACUCUCAGAAUCUCAACUCUCAAGGUUAUGGAUACUAUCAAGCCUAAUCCUUUCUGGACAUACCUUGCUUAUUUCCCACCCUUCACCAUCCUCAUGGCUACUUGGGUCGUUCUCAGAAGACAUUUCAAAGGCGAUCCCAGGAAGAUGGCAUCCAAGAACAAAUAAAACACAACUAAUACUACCUUUAGCUCCACAGCGACGGCAGCAGCGAUGAGCAGUACUACGAGCACAUCAAAAAGACUAUCAAACUCAAUAUUGGGUGUUCAUACACAUGUUUCUUGAAAUGGCAGAGAAAGAAAGAAGUAGCUUCGAAUCCUUCAUGAGUACUUUGCUAUAGUUUUGUCGUGCAUUAUAAAGAAAAAAAGCGAUAGUGUGUGAAGCUGUCGACAGAAGUAGUUCGUCUGCUG